CUACGUUGAACGAAGCAUCUCGGCCCACCAAAAGUCUACCCCACCGCCGCUCACAGCUGCUUUGAUUUCUCUGUGAGCAUCUCUCUGCUAUCCUUUGUGCAAAUUUCCCUCCGGAGUCCUGUCCUGAUCACUGCGCAGUCAGGAGUUUCCAAUAUCGCAAUGCCCUCUCUUCCCCAAGAGCUGGUUGACAGGAUCAUCGAUGAGGCCAGGGACGAUAUCCCGACUCUGCGGUCUUGCUCCUUAGUCUCUCACGCCUUCCUGCCUCGCACCCGCGUCCACCUAUUCGAAACCAUAGAUCUCAGCACCAUUGACGAGUGCCAGAAAUUCCACGCCUUGUGUAUCACCUCCCCACAUGUCAUCACCUACGUCAAGAAUCUCGAUCUCUGCACACUCUACGGCGGUCGUAGGGAACGCAUCCUCGAGGAUCCUUCUUUCCCAGCUGUGAUGGGACUCAUUCCCGUAUGUCAGCUCGAAAGGUUGAAAAUAAACAAGUAUCACUGGAGCGAAGUGAGUGAGUCUUCGAAGGAGGCGUUGUCACAACACUCCUUUCGCUCAGUUGUCCUUGACACGAACCUCCUUAAGGACGUUGAUGCCCUGUACACUGUAUUCAGCGGGUCUACAGAAUUUGAUCUGUCAUUCGAAGGGAUCAUAGGGGAAUCGAGCCCGUUUAUCACUAAUAUGUCCCCUCCAGCGUCGGGAGGGUGGUUGGUCAAGCUGAGUCUGGAAGGAUUCUGCGAUCCCAUUCUCGAGUCCAUCAUCGAAACUCAGACGUAUCCCUUCUCGGUCAACAAUCUGCAAUCUCUCUCAAUCAUUAUCGAACAUCAGACUACUGUCGCUUCUCAAACAAAUCUUAGAUUUACCACUUCCGUCCCUAGAACAUCUGAAUGCGGCACAUCACAGGAGCGGCUCGGUGGCGGCUACCCACCCGAUUUUGAAUAUCUCGCGAUUGCGCUCUAUCAAUGUGUCGCUAGCGGAAGAAGGAGAUACUUCUGAUCCUCAGACAAUGAAGUGGUGGGUGGAAAACUUGAAGGAAGCAAAGUCCACGUCCAUCGAGAAUAUCGCUCUCGACGUAUAUCUUUCCAACUACGAACUGCGACCCUCCGGGACCCACAACGUUUGGUCUGAUUUGGCGAGGAUCCUGUCUGGUUCCGACAUGAGCAACAUUAUAGAUGUAUCUAUCGUCUUUAGGCUUAGUUAUGGCCAGGGAGAAAACAUACAGCAGUACAAGACGGUGGUAGAGACAAAGAUGGCUCCAUUGGUCGCGCGAGGGAUCGUUUCUAUUUCUGAACUCGAUUGAUAUGGGACAGCUAGAGUCUCUUUGCAAAUAUGUCGUGGCGAUCGAUUGGAUUUUUCUGUAAUAGGCUGGUUAUGUUCAGGUCAAGUAGAGUUCACUUGUAGUAACCAGGUG